AUCCUCAAUGGCUGCCGGUGCACAAGGAAUUUUCGUAUUUUCAACUGCUUGGUUCAACUCAUAAGAUGGAUCUCCAAAUACCGCAGAUGCCGCUCCUGCCGGCACAGAACACCGGGACAAGCCUCCAUGUCGUAUCUCAACCUAAUCUCUCGGAUAUACUGCAGAAGCUUCUAAUCAGGAACAUAUCCAAACUAUGUCGUGAUUAUGUCAAGUUCAUUCAUUUUGUUCACGUGACCGGGAGCAUCAAAUUAAACAUUGAUAAUAAGGACUACGUCAAGAUUGACCUCAAUAACUCUGUGGAUCAUAUUCCUCCAAAUGUGACCCUCAGUCGGAAAGGCCGCCCUCCGAGCGUUGGUAACUAUCAUAAUCAGACAGCAGAGACACAAAACAACAUUGGUCUACCUCAAUCAUCGACUGUGACAAAUCAACCGGACAAUAACGUCAACAUGCAGGGCACGAGUUUUUUGACGUCACAAAUCGGUCACGAGUUAGUUCAACAGUAUAUGUGUGGAGAUCCAUUAAAGACGGUCAGUGCGACCGACGUCCAACAGACUUUGAAUCAGGAUAAUCAUCAGAAUCAGAAUGUUGCUGUUGGGACGCCAGACGUGAGUCAACCAAAUGCCUCGGCUGGUCUGCCAAAUACCACGGCCGAUCUUGGUGUUUCUGUUGUUGCUGGUCUCGAUGUAUCAGCAGAUCUUGACUCAAGUGGAGAGAAUGUGUCCGUGUUCCCUGAACUUUAUGAAAAGGUCAAGAUGACAAUGUCGACGAUGUCGAAAAAAAUUGGUAUCGCGAUGAAGAAAGAGGAUGGUGAUGAUGGGGAAGAGGAGGAGAAAGAUGAUGAGGAAGCAGAACCGUCACAGGUUGAAUCAGACUUGGAAGCAGAUCUGCUUGGUGAUGAAAUUGAUGAGGGGGACACAGAGAUUGACGAUGAUGACAAGGAUGAAGAUUACGUGGCAGAGGAAGUGGAGCCUGUCAAAAAGAAACUCAAAGGUUCAAGACGUGUGACUCGGCUUUCAACUAAAAAAGCCAACAAAACUAAAAAGGUUAAGGAGGAAAUGGAUUCGGACAAAGAUCAAGAUGAUGUGAAAAUAGAAGAUGCAAAACACAAAUGUCCCGACUGUCCAUAUCGUACAAACCAUAGCGGUCAUUUCCGCGAUCAUAAAAACCGCCAUUCUGGAAACAAGCAGCACAAAUGUCUGAAAUGUGACAAGUGUUUUGUUCGCCAGGACGAUCUGAAACGUCACAUGAAGAGUCACGGCAUGAAACAACACUGUGACAUAUGUGACGAGGACUUCGCUAAAACAUCUGAGUUAAAAUCGCACUUCAGAACUGUUCAUCAGAAGAAGUUGAUUCCGUGUGAAGUGUGCAAGCAGUAUUUCAAGUCGCGUCAAGACAUGCGCCAACACGUCCAGGAUGCACAUAAUCAUAUUUGUUCAAUUUGUGGUGAAUCCUUCUCAAAGAUUAUGAAGCUGAAACAGCACAGGAACUCAGUCCAUUUGCAAGAAACGUUGAAUUGUACGAUCUGUGGGCGGAAAUGCCCAACGAAAUCUGCCCUGCGGAAGCAUAUCCAUCGCCAUAAUGACACUAAUCGUCACCAGUGUGAAAUCUGUGGCAAGUCGUUCACUGCACAGAGCACUCUGUAUCAUCAUCGCCGCGGUGUCCACGGUGACGUGAAACCGUACGAAUGCGAGCAGUGUGGCAUGGGAUUCAAUUUCCACCACAGUCUCAAACUUCACAUACUCCGCCACAAAGGCAUACGGCCGUUCAAAUGCCAGCAGUGCUCCAAAACCUACCUCACGUCGACCCAUCUCCGCAGUCACGUUGAAGCUGUGCAUCGUCAGGAUAAACGAUACUCCUGCUCGACGUGUGGCAAGUCGUUUCCAUACGAGAAUAGUUUGAAAAUGCAUAUGAUGUUACAUAGUGGCAAACGGCCGUACAGCUGUGAGGUGUGUCAGCGUGGGUUCGUUAGCAAGAGUGCUCUCAAAACACAUGAGGCAUCAGCCCAUACGUACGGCAAGAUGUAUCAAUGUGACAUCUGUCAAAAGACGUACAAAACAGAGAUGUUGUUACGGGCACAUCGGCGUCGCCAUACAGACGAUGGGGCGCGAUUCAUGUGCGAUAUCUGUGGUCAUACGUUUAUGUAUCGUAGCAAUCUAGACGCACACGCAGCGACCCAUGGUGACGAUCGUAAGUACCAGUGUAGCACGUGUGGUAAGUCGUUCAAGACGAAUGCCACGCUCUACUCGCAUCAGUUAGUUCACAAGACGGACACACCGUUUAAUUGUUGCAUUUGUAAUAAGGGAUUCAAAAGUAAGGAGCGCUUAGCAGCCCAUGAGAAGCGCCACUCGGGCUUGAAACCAUUUUCUUGUGAAAUCUGUUCACGUUGCUUCCCGGACAAAGGAGGGUUAACGAAACACAAGAGAACAGUCCAUACUGACAUCAAACGAUUUGUAUGCAAUGUUUGUGGUAAGGCGUGUUCUCGAUCAGAUAAUUUACGUGUUCAUAUGAAAACACACGGUGACAGUGGCACGAUAUCUAAAAUUGGCAUGGAACUUUUACAGUCUCAAAAGAAACAGAUUGCGCAACCGAAGCAGCGUAACAUUCAACAACACAGUAUGGAACAACAGGUCAUGGAGCACCAGCGUAACAUGGAGCGGAAUAUGGUCAUGCCACCACCCGAUCUAACACCCCCACCGUUACCACCAUCACUACCUCAUCAUCUGACUCACCCCAUUGACUUCAAGUCAAACCCAAUAGACUUCAAGCAAGCGUUAGAAAGUACUGCCCCUCAUAUACCGAGCCCCAACUCCCAUCAUUCAGAGACCCAGUCACCGGCACCGAUGAUGGCUGUCGUUACGACCAACGCCCAGCCGCAACCCCCACCCCCUAUUGAGCAUGAAUACAUCACAGCAGCAAACAGUAUGUUGUAUAUGCAGUAUGGUUACUAUGGGAACUUCCCCUCAAACUUUUGAAGUGGAAAUGGGCAUUGAAAGAGGUAUACUGCCAACUUGGAGCAUGUAGUGCAGGUGGUCAGUAUGUACAUGUGCACGUACUGUAGAAUCGUUCAAGGAGUAUUUUGCCGACCUACUUUGUCUUCACUGUAUAUAAUUCCUCAAGUUGUUUCUCUCAGUUUUCUACCUUCGGCUAUGGUUUAUACGUGAUUUGAUGGGUAAACCAGUGAAGUACAGUUCGCACUCUGCAGAAUACAGUACUUGGUUACUUGGUUACUAUCCACUUCAAGAGCUUUCAUUUUUUUGGCAGUUUCAUACUAUCAGUAGUAUUCAUUUCUGAUCUUAGAUUUAUUAAGUUACAUGUAUAAUGCAUCUUACUUUAUCUUUGUCGUCAACAUUGUUUAUUUGGUGAAAAACAGGAUUUUGAUUUUGAAACAGCCAGGUGUUUUCUCUCUUUACAUUUAUAAUCAUUGUGUAUCUGAUAUCGGGAGGGGUUAAAAAGAUGAUUUGAAUAUUUUUAUCAAACGUGUCACAAAGAGAUGAGGUGUUCAGGUUAGAAUUGAUGACACUUUAGAUGAAAUAUCAUUUAAGUGUAAGGAGGUUUCAUUGUGUUUGAUACAGCUUGGCUGCUUCGUUCAAUGAUGCCAUUGUUUACAAUACCAGUAUUGACUGACAGUCAUUUUCCGUUUGUUACCAGCUGGUGGUGUGGGCUCUAGCAUAUGUACAGUAAGGGGGAGGUAGUGACAGGCAGGUCAGCCAUCGUCUGUGACAGGCGAUCAGCCAUCGUCUGCUCAAGGACUGAGUUGUUUAUUUCUCUAGUAUGUUAGUGGAUAUGCUCCUUUUAAAUUACUAAUGUCUUACGUAUGCACCUUUCAUGAAUGUAUUAGAUUAUAUAUACAUGUAUAUAUAAUCAUAUUUAUUUGAACGCUAUCACACCUUGGUAUGCGUUCAAGAACUAUGAACUAUCAAUAAAUUCAUUCUACAAAUAUAGAGUAUUGCAAUUA